CCUGGCAACACUACUCCCAGGCUUGCCACCGAAAUCGUAACCGAGCUGUCUUGUCUUGUCUUUCUGCGUAACGGAAAGAUUGUAUAUCUUUACCUUAUAAAUUAACCAUUAUAACUUUAUUCAACAUUAGUCGCCUAUAUCGAUAGCAACACCGCCGGUAAUACAUGAAUCUCCUGAAAUCAAAAUUAGUUUGAGAUGGUGCAAGUUUGCAUUCAUAUACAGAUUGAAAAUAACAGUUUCCUACGUGAAAAUACAGGAUACAACAGAGUACAACAAGGCAUUUUAAGAAACGUAAAUCAUGAUAUCGGACGGCCGUAUACAGAGGCGGUUAGCUAUUUUUGAUUUCGAUCAUACAAUAUGCGAACACAACACAGAUAUUGUUGUUCGAGAUUUGCUGGAGCAAAAUUUAAUCACAUCGGAGAUAAAAAGCAUUAUACGAAGUUGUGGUUGGGUACCGUAUAUGCAGCGAAUUUUUCGUCUCUUGUAUCAAAGUGGAUUCAACAAAGCAGACAUAUUAUCGGCAAUUCACAAUAUACCAGAGGUACCUGGCAUAAAAACUUGCAUCGAAGAAAUGUCAAAAAAUAACUUCCAUAUAGUUAUCGUAAGUGAUUCCAACUCUGAGUUCAUCAGUGCAUGGAACAGUUUUAACGGAAUUAGUCAAUAUAUUCAUACCGUAUUUACGAAUCCGGCCAAAUUUAACGGAAACGGUGCUCUCGACUUGCAUCCCUACCAUCACCAAACAGAGUGUAAUUUGAGCGCAUGGAAUCUUUGCAAAGGCAAGAUUGUUGAUGACUUUUUAAAUAAACAGUACGUUGCGUCAAACACAGUGUACGAGAAAAUUUUCUACAUUGGUGAUGGAAAAAAUGAUGUUUGCCCUAUGUUGCGUUUAAAUGAGAAUGGAUAUGCUUGUCCAAGAGAUGGCUAUACUUGCUUCGAUGCUCUUAGCACUAUUAUUAAGCAACAAUCCGAUAGAUAUAAGGCUAAAAUUUUAAAAUGGAGAGACGGCUUCCAUCUUAAAAGUUUGAUAUGGGACGAGUUUUGAAAAGCAGAAUUAGAUUAUUUCUAUGCGUCGCUAACUUGUUUUUAUGAACUUUGUUUUAUUUUUUUUGUAAUAAAAUGUUGGUGAAUUUGACUCCUAAAAGUUGUGUAAAUCUGUUCGAAAAUUAAUCAUACAUAUAGUUUUGUUCAGCACCUGUUGCUAAUGCAACAGAGAAAUGAGUAUGAAUAUCUAUUAUACUUCCUCAUAAGCACAGAGAUUCUUUUCUUAAUCCACAUCCAUCCCUCAAAAAAUAUAACUCAAAGGUUCCUAUGAAACAAUUUGAUGGGCUCAGAACAUGUCAAUCAAUUUCCAUACGUAUGGAAAUAUGUAUAUAAUUACUUUGAAAAAAAUUUGAUUAUAAAAUCGUUUGUUGGAAAUUAUCCAUUUUAUAAUAGUACACUCUAAGAAGCAGAACAAAAAAAAUUUACGCUAGAUGUAAAUUCAAGCAUGCCGUAAUUUCUUCGGUGAUGACACAAUAUUAUAUCUAUAGGGUGAUUUUU